GCCCGCACGUCCCUUGCACAUGAGCCUGCUCGUGCUCAACCUUCUCGACCUUGCUGCUUGGCCAACUCUAAUCCACGCCUCUUGCUUCGCGUGGCCACUUAGACUUUUUCGGGCCCCGUCAUGUACAUUCCAGCGACCGCCGGAGAGUUUCCAUCCUCCUCCCAUGCCUGCGGACUACGCCGUCUCCUGUAAACUUUGCAAGUCAUGGAACAGUCGAUAUGCCCCGACGAGACACGGCCGGGUCGAUCUGCUGGAGCACUUCUUCCAACGCCUGGAGGAUCACUUCGCUGCUCCGUGAUCGACAGGAAAACCCGCAGGCACC